GGAGAAUGGAAGUCGGCUCAAACCUUCGUUAGCAAAUAUAUACAGCCCGCUGUUUGGUGGCACGCAAGCUCUGCGCUUUCGCCGCUCCCGCCAUGGCCUCCUUGCAUACCUUACCAGAGGAGCUUCUGGUGGAGAUCCUGAACGCUGCGAUGGGGAUUUCCGACGCGCUCUUCACCGACAACUCAUCUCGGUCCCCCUUCGCCGCAUACACCAACAACUACUGGACAAGCCGGCUGCUCCUCGUGAGCAAGACUUGGUACCGUAUCGGCUUACCGGAGCUUUACCAUGAUGUCGUCCUCCGAUCUGAGGCCCAGGUCAAUGCGCUCGCAAGGUCGCUGGAUCAAAACCAUGACCGCGCAUGCUGGGUACGGAAGCUACGCUUGGAAGGUUGCUUCGGGUGGCGCACGGAGACGAUCCUUCGAGCUUGCACUGGCAUCACCGACCUCUGCCUCCUGACCAAUCCGUACCAGAACGAUCCCUCGUACGGAGUAAUUACGGCCCUGCCGCUCAUCAACCCAGUCCGGUUGAUCUUGUUGAAUAUGAACACCCGGAAGACGCAAGGCAGCAAUGCAAGGGCGCUCGCACGAGCAUUGUGCAGAUGUGCACCAACAUGGACGAACCUUAGGACUGUACUUUACGCUGUACCCCAUAGGAAAACCCAAGACGAACUGGCGACUUCGCUCGCUCGUGCUCCAGGGCUGACAACUGUGAUGUUCUAUUCUUUCCUGGGAAUCAUGCCGUACCAUCGCGACCUAUGCGCCAGUAACUCCGUCAAGAAGGUCGUCAUACGUAUUGGACGUACGACCUUGCCGGAUUGCUUGAGGAAAGCGCUCCAGAAGCAGCCUUUGCAUCUUCGUGGCAAACUGGAAUUCGAACUUGAUACCCUGUACGAUCCUCAGCCUAUCUCCGCGGCGCCCACCCCCAAGUAUCUCAUCAGAAGCAAACGUAGACUAUCAUUCAAGCCCUUGCGCGCUGCUUCUGCCGAGACUUGGAUCUAUGUACUGAGGUUGGUGAUGGCCAGCAACUCGCCUUUACGCACCCACACGGCAAACGAGAACAAUCUGCACGUCUUACUGGCCUGCAAGGACUUCUUCCGUAUCGGAUUGCCUGAAUUUUUGCGAAGCGUGCUAGUGUAUCGUCGCAAUGUGGACGGCUUCGUGUCGUUCCUCCGAAUCCACCCACAAUAUUCCAGGCAUGUUCGUCACUUGACGAUCCAGCAUCCCUUCGGCAGUAGCAAGAGCAUCCUCGAUGCGCUUCUCUGUCUUCUCAACAGCCUUGAAAGCCUGAGGGCUGAGACUAACGGCUGCACCCCCAUCAACUGGGAGGAAUUCUGUCUGCUUUCCGCGAAGAAUAAGCUGUCCCUCGAGUGUAUCGAUGCCGUCUACUUGGACGUUCGGCAGAGUCCUAUGGAAGGAGUACCGCUCCCCCUACAGCCGUUAUGCCAACUUGCCCACCUACGCCAUCUGAGCUUAGCGUCUAAUGCCGUCUUCGACACCAGCAGAGGGGUUUCCUUGGACGCACUCUAUUCCCUGGAGAGUCUGAGCAUCGGCCAAUGCGAUAUUUCCCUUGCAUGGGCGUUUUACAUGAUGCGUCUACCAUCCCUGCGCGCGAUGACGAUAUACUGGGCAGGGACUCAGGUCAGUCACGCGCACAACGCGGUCCUACGUCGCCACGGGCUCAAGCUGCGAGAGCUUGAACUAUAUGGCUUCCUCGACUUAGCCGUCGUUUGCGCCUGCCCCUACGUCCGCUGUCUUACUGUCAGGGGAUCGUCUGUCAUAUCACCCCGCCUCUUCCAAGACGCCGUCAACGGUCAAGACGAACUCACCAGCGUGAUCUUCACCGACGUUGAGGGUACCGACAUAGUCGCUGAUCUCGUGGACUAUGUAUGCGACCUGAGCACGUUUCCCUCCUUGCGCGAGGUCCGUUGGCUACAAUGCGAGUGGCCGCGUAACCAGCACGAAAUACAGGCUAGUCGGUUGAUACCCGUUGUAGAAGAGGUUUUCGAAGAUGUGGGCGUGCGAGUGUACGAUGGGAAGGGAGCAUUCUGGACACCUAGGUUAAAGUGACGCCACGAUGUCGAGUAGUCAGUUGAACCAUGCUGCAGUAUACUACAGGCCUCUCGAUCCUUGAAUCUGAAGUACACCUAGC